GUGAAAGGUUGUUGAAGCAGGAAAAUUUAUGAGUGGCGACAAAAAUGGCUCCGCUUAUCCAAAGAAUUGGAAGACAAGCGCUGGCAACGUUUGUGGCUGGAGAUACAGCAGCAUUUCCCUCAAACUUUGAAAGGUUAAAAACACUGGUAAGUCAUGUCAUAAUGAUAUUUAAGAAUAUUUUGUGAAGUGUAUGUGUUCCGUUUUCAUGACGAUACGCACGCACAUUUUGUCAUGCGUGUUUUGUUUAUUGUAAUAAGCUAAGUCAUACCGGCGAAUUGGAUUUAACAUUCAGCGAAAGAAUCUCAGGGGAAAAUAUCGCCGGAAAUAGUUGAUUUUUUAAAGAGUGAACAGUUACACGUGUGUUUCUUGCUGUUCUGUUUUUCGCCGAACAAAUAAUUACACGACAUAAAACGGAACGUUUCGCGUUUCACGUGCCGUGUUUGGGUGUGAGUUCAAUGGCAUUCUUUCCUUUGGAGUUGUUUUCUGAUUUUUCUGCCUUGUAAACUGAGGGAAACGAUAAACGAAAACACGCUUUUCACCGACGAUAUUCGUGGUCAUGUGUUAGUGUUACUGGUAAUUGUGCUAUUUAGGCUUAUACAUUAUAUCUCACCAAUGUAACCUCCAUUUUAAUGGAUUACCACGUUUCGCGAUCACUGGUUAAGUUUCCUCAGUUGUUUCAACCAAUGAAAUAUAUUUAGCACUAUUUUUUGUCUAUAAAAAAUUGUUUAAGUGAAUAAAACUAGGGUGGUGGUGUUUGAUUACAUAUGUUUUACCAUUUACACUGCCAAGAAAACCUUAUUUGUUUAGGUGCUGCGUUGGAGGCUUAUGUAAGUGAAAUGCAUUUAUUGUUUGUGAAUUCUAUGAAAAUUUCAAAUACUUUCAGGCCGGCCAAUGCAUCUACUACUGUAUUCUUUUAUAAAUUUCGAUCUACAUGUAAAAGUCUCUUAUCAGUCCCUAUCCUUGUUUACACUGAAGCCAAUUUAUUAUCCUGCAUUGAAGUUUGUGAAAGCAUUAUGACAGCAGCAGCAGGAGCAUAAAGUUUGAAGCAUAUAAAAUGUUGAAAUUAAGGCUGUACUCAAAGAGAAGUAUAUAGGGAGCCAAACAUUCUGGCCUUACUAGUUCACAGCACAUGUUUUUAAUGUAAAAACUAAGAUUUCUGGUUGCCAGGGGUGACAGGAAACCCUGAUGAUUCAAAUGGAAAAAGUAGACUGAGGGUGAAUUAAGAUGCUAACAUCUAUGUUUAAAGUUUAUUACUAGGGUAUCAAAAAGAUAGUAAUGCUGCAGCACAUUCUGUUGAUACUGGAAUUAGUUAGGCAGUGAGACUUAAAAGAAUCAAAAAUGACAUUGAAUGUCCUAUUCACAUGUUGGAAAGUACUAGAAUAAUUACUAUCAGUCUAUAGAAAGAACUCGUGAGAACGUUGUUUAGAAAAUGAUCAAGUGGUUAUCAACUCUGGUUUUCCCACAGUAAAUUGUAGGAAAUAAUAGAAAUUCAGAUUGUUUAUCUAUAUAUUUAAUAUACGGUGCACAAUAUUUUCUCUGGAAACACAAUACUUUUCUUGCUGUUUUUUGCACUUUAUUAAGUAACAGUUAUUUAGCUAUACAUUUAUAGAAAAAAACGGGAAAAAAAAAGAAAGUAGGAAUAAAUAAUUCGGUAGGACUCGAACCCUAUGACUACGUAAUCACUGGGAAAGGUCUUUCAUUUUAUUCCUUUUCCUUGAAACUUCCGCCGGCAAGAUGAUCGCCAGCCGCAUUAACCGAGCUAUUAACAGUGAAAAAACAAUGUAAACGCAUAUUCCAUGGCAAUAAAUGAAUGAAAGAACAUAAUUAUGCUUUUCAAAACGCCGAUACACGUCCUCGUCUGCAAAGUAGGACACAAAACAUAUGUUUUGUUAUCUCGAUUUCCGCAGUUAGUUUGAAGCGAAUGGUUAAAAUCACAUCCAUUUUCGGCUCAUACAGUUUCUUAAGAAUAGCAUUGCAUGACAUUUUCUCACUUUCACAUCACCUUCUAGCAAGCUGGAAUUUGCAUAUCCCCUGUGUUCCGGAGUUGAAGAGAAAAUGCUCAUCUUCUCGUCAGGACCCGUCCGUCAGGUUUAACACCUGGACGAGUCAAAGACUCUUGAAUUGAAAUCCAAUCCCCAAGUUAACCAUCGUACUCAUCUGAAAGACUCCUGCGUGUCUUAAAAUUUGGUAAGACCUCUAACCGUGCAGUAGAAAAUUUGCCAAGUCUGAGCAGCGAACGAUGCACUCUCUCACCCACCGAACUUUCCCUAUACCCGUGUUUUUAUUUGAGUUGUUCAUGGCGCAAUGCACUCUGGUAAAAUGCAAUGCAUUGUGGUAAAAACUGUGGUUAAAUGCAAUGCAUUGUGGUAAAAAGUGAUGAAUUCGAGAAUUCGUCGCCCCUUAUAUAUUUCCUUUAAAUCCUGAUUAUGUUGCUGCUCGCUCCCUUCGGUCGCUCCGCAGCAAAAAGAUUCAUGGAGGAGAAAGGAGGAUAUUAUAUUAGUACCAAAGUGUUUUAGGCAGCCAAAGAGCACCUGAUUUUUACACAACCCAUGAAGUGCCAAGGUUCAAACUAGUUACAGAAGUUUCACAAGUUAGAGUAAACAAACACAAAAUAUUACAAUCAUUUUGUCAUGAAAUGCAUUCAUACUAUAUUUUCUAACAACAGAAACCUAGAGUUGCCAGUUACAAAUUGAGGCUGCAGUUGGAACAAAAAAGGUUUUGCAAAGGAAGUUUUCAAAAAUCCAGCAAACUGUGUAUAAACUGUUUUGCAAGUUUACUACAGAUGCCCUUCUGGAAUUGAAAUCUGACAUUUUGUUUAUGUAUUAACAUAUGGAAAAAAUAGUAUUGUACAUCGAACUCCUGUAAUCCUUGUUUUUAUUCUUCACUCAAAUAAGCUGUCUGAGUUUGACAUAACAUUUUAGUGAAUGCCUGUCUUAUGAAAGUCUUGCUUCAAAUGUACUCAUGUAGUUAUCAUCCAGUUGCAAUGUGCACUAUUAUAUUGUUGUUGUUGUUUUGUUCCACUUUUAUAGUGAGCACUCUAAGUUGGUUGAGUGUUAAAAAAUCCUUCGUUGUAUACAAAUGGAUCAUGUGAUUAGCAUGCAGUUAAUUUUUAGCAGUGAUUAAAAUGAUGCAGCAUUUUGAUCAUGUCUUGGCACUUUGGCAAUGAUGUAGUUUCUCUCAAAUCAAGGCCCUUGAUUUUUGUGUAUACACUUAAUCAAUUCAGAAACAUUCAUGUCGAAAGCCAUGUUUUUUGCAAAGGCAGGAGUUUGGAAGCGAGUAAUUUCCCUUGAAUACAGGCAAUACAUUUCUCAGAUUAUUUGAAGCAAUUCUUGGAACUCUACAGAUAAAUAGAGUUGAUGUUUUAUCAUUGUAUGUAUUUAAAGCUCUAUUGAAUAGACUUAGUGGGAAUAAAAUUACGUUUUCUCCAGUUAUUUUUAUCAGGUACGAUAACUUUCAUAAACUUCUGUGUCCUCAGUGGGCAAAAACGGUGAAUCUUAACUCGACAGUAGCUUAGCAUGUUUUGUGGUUGUUGGUUUAUAAUCAAUUUAUAUGGUUGCAGUAACCAAUUCACUUGUGUUUCGGUUUUCCCUCCAAUUUAUUUCAGUACCAAAGGACAAAUAAGACAUGUGACCUUUCUCACAAAAAGGUACACUAAUUUGUUAAACUGGUUCAAUGCACAGCUGUAAAAACCAAAAAACCUAUUUAAAUGCAUCCAUCAAAUGACUGGGUUGUUGAGUAUCCUAAAUGGCUUACUCAAACAGGUGAAUUGCUUACUCAGUCGUUCAAACCAUUCAUCAAACAGUUGAGCAGGUUAUUAAGUAUUCCAAACAGUUAGCACAAACAGACAAAUGACUCAUGAUAAUUUUCAAACAGGUUAUCUAAAUGACUGAAUAACUUAAGAAUUUUUGAAUGGGUAGACAUAAACUGUGGAUGAGUUUACAAUAAAUUUCAAAUGGCUCAUGGGAAAUAAUAGUACCAUUUGUGGUAUGUUGUCAAUCUGGUAGAAUACAGUAUGUGGCCCUUGGUCUGGCCUAGGUCUGGCUGGCUUUACUUUGUGAUGUAAUUUCCGGGAAGAAAAUAAGGUUACAAUGUAAACGAAACUUUCCUAGUCUUUAUUGAUCUCUUUGCCUUCUUAAGCUUGAUUCGAGGUUUUCCUGAUGUUGGCGAAGGCUGGAGAAUCAAGUUAAUGCAAACAUAGGUAAAUUUUGUUCUGUUAUUUUUGUUUUGUAUGGCACCUUAAGUUUCUUGGAUAUAUCUUUACGGCUGUCACUAAGAGCUGGGGACUGGGUAUUUUCCCCGGUUACCAUGAGCGUGAGACCCGGCUACUUUCAUAGGAAACAAAAGGAAAACAGAAACCAAAGAAGUUCCUAGCUAUACAAUUCCCCUCCUACUGUUUGCAUAUACCCGGCAACUCGAAGUUUUAGCAACAGCCCUGUAUCUUGAAUUCAGGCAUACGCAACUUAGUGCAUUAAGAAAGCUAAUUUGUGGUGUACACAGUGCACAAGAAAUGUUUUUUUGACUUGAAAAAAAAUUUGGUCGACAGGUUGAAUUUUAAAACGAAAGUUAUAGUUUAUAUUCCAAAGUAAAUAUUGCAUAUUAGGUCCUUGGUCUAGCCACCGGACAAUAACAUAAAGCAGCCAAAUAGUGACUGAAAAGGGAGAGCCUCAGAAAGUUCAGUCUUCUUUUCGUUUAGUUCUUAGUAAAUUAAGAUUAAUGAAUUGAAGUGAGAAUCUUUCAACUUUGAGUCACGUUUUAAGUAAAGCAGUUUCAAUGAUUGGAGUUAAUAAUAAAAACCACAUGAAGCGUUCAAGUUGAUGAUGUAUGCUUUUCAGCCGAAUUCUUUGCCAUUGCUGCACAACUAAGACAAAAUUCCUGAUGGGAAGUUUUUCUUGAGGACAACAAGCGACAACAAAUUUUUUGUUUUUACUUUCUCUCUAAACUUUGAUUGAAUUCAUUUAAAAUAGUGGUGAUUUUGCAGUGGUCUCACUGUAACUGCACAACACACAUUCAUACUGCAGCAAAAAUAUUAAUUCUUAAUGAGACCAAACUAUAUCUUUACACAGAAAUCUCAUUUUCGUUUCAAAGUUUAAAUGAUGCCUAUAGAAAAUAUACAGGAAUUUACAUCAGGUUGUGCUUGGAACAUUUCUUUUCUGCGCACAGUUGGCAUGCUGGCUUACGAAGUGGCCAGACCAAGGAAUGAGUGGCUGGAUCAGGGGCCAUCAAAAAGAGUGGUCAUUUUCUAUGAUGCAGGAUUUUCGGCAAAGCUCAGAAGCUGUCAAUUUGUCACAAGUUAGUAAAAUGUUACGGCAACUUACGGACAAAUUUCAGCCCACUACUCUCCUUCCAAGAUAAGAAAUACUCAUUUACGUCUUUUUUGUCCAGACCAAGGACCACAUACUGUAUACCAAUCUGGUCCAAUCGAGCUUGUUUUGACACAAUGUUCCCAUGUAUUUGUAGUGGUUCAAUUUUAUCCUUGGUACAAAUUUCAUUUUCCUUUGUUUCAAACUCAUUAUCAUUCAUUACCAUACCUAAAAACAAAGGGGAAAAACUUUAAACCAAGGAUAAAAUUGAACCACAACAUAUUAAACUCAUUGCUAGUGAUGAGCUUGAAGGCAGGUGUUUUAAAGGUUAGUGGGAGGCCAAAUGCAGUAAGCAGAGAGGAGGUAUCCAUGGUAACCCUGGAAGCAGGAACCACCCCAAGAGCGGCCACUAACCGGCACAGUCACACUGAAUAAAAUCAGUGGAGAUACUUACCUAAGAGAAUACUUAUCUGAGAAAUGAUUAUGAAACCACUAGGCAGGGAGGGAGGAGAGGGAGCAAGAAUCCGCAGUGAUUCACAAGAAGGCAAAAAUUGAUCCACUGCGAUCAGCAAGCAAAGCUACAAUGCAACACAACACUAGCAAAAGAGCACACAAGGAGCCCUGCAAUUCCCUAAGGGCCACCCCAUAGGUCAUGCACCAGAGUGGGCAAAGACUGCUGGCCAACUCGCUCAAGUUUAACUUUCUCAAAAUGAUAUUUAGCCACAUUAAACUAUUACAAAAAAACUAACACACAGUAUACUGAGGGGACUGGGCACCACAAAGUGUGUUGUUUCAUUCUUUGAAUACAUUAAGACACAAUGAUGAGAAUGAUUACAAAAAUAGUUCAAAAAAUGUAUAAUUGAGUCUAUUAAUAAUAUUAUUUUAUGACCCUCAUUUUUGACAUUGUAUCGCAGAAGCUCAUAAUUGUAAUUAGAUAAUUGGCAAUUCGUGAUUUGUAGUUUUAUUAAUGACUGACCUAGAACAUUGCUUAGGAGAAGAAAUCAUUACCCUUAAGAUCUGUGAACUAACUAGCUAGAAGCAGCUUUUUGAUCCGCUACGAUCAGCAAGAAUCUGCAAUGAUUCGCAAGAAGGCAAAAAUUGAUCCGCUAUGUACAAGCAAAGCUACAAUGCAAAGCAACACUAGCAAAAGAGCACACAAGGAGCCCUGCAAUUCCCCGUGGGCCACUCCGUAGGUCACAUACUGAAGUGGGAGAAGACCGCUGGCCAACUCGCUCGAGUUUAAGUUUGCCUAAAUGAUAUUAAGCCACAUUUUAACACAAUGAGAAAAUAGUUAAAUUUUGAUACACAGAGACUGAGGGUAUAAAGUUGCCAUUGGUUUUCUUUGCCAUGUUGUGCAUUAUAGCUUCUUUACUUAAUAUUUAGUAUGAAGUUGUGCAAAAAGUUGACUUUCUCUUUUGAACAGUUCAUUGAUAUUGCCAAUGGUAUAUGCUAAUCGUUGCAAUAGGUGGCACAAUUGGGCAGUAGGUAUGAAAGAUAGGUUUUGACUGUGGACUUAAACAUGGGCAAAGACAAAGCCAUAACAGCAAAUUAUGGAAGACUGUUCCACACCUGAAUAUAUUGGCCAAAAAAAGAGUACUUGUAUGCAUCAACAAAAGCAAGUUAAAGGUUGUAUAUGUCAUACUGUACAUAAGGUGUUAAGAGAUAACUCACUAGGAAAGGGCAAAACAACUAAACUAGUGAUAACUAUUAAAGGUUAUGGAGUGCAGGCGAGAACGAUCAAACGUCAAAACACUUUUGCUCCAACGCUGUACUUUGCAUAAGUUACAUGUGACAGAUGGUCAAAACACACGUGACCAGAUUAUGAGUGACAGAAGGUCUUAAUGCACAUGAUCAAAGUGCAUUCUGUGCAUUCCAUUCAUUUAAGUGGAAGUCCAAACAAGUGCUGGCUACAUACAUGCGACGCAUGUGUAAUAACAACCUGGAGAUUAGGAUUGUGGGCUCCUCUGGUCACGUGCAGUUAUACUGGAACUUAUAAAAAAGUGAGAGAUCAAUUAGCAUUCUUCAUUCUUCCAGUGAUGACCAGUUAAGUUUGAUACUUAAGACACUUUUGGAUCUCUGAUAGUUGUUGCACACAAAUCUUGCUGCUCACCUUUGAACUGAUUCAACCGUCGCAACUCCCUUUGAGGUAUGAGGGUUCCAAGCUGGACCAGCAUACUCUGUGAUGGGGCGCAUGAACGUCUGAUAUGCGCAUUCUUUAACUUUGGGUGGAGCAGAAUGAAUGUUGCGUUGUAAGGCAGUAAGGACACGAUUGCUUUCUUUUGUACUUCCUCACGCUGCUUGUUCCAGUUCAGAGAACUUGAUACAUAUUUGUUGCAUGUUAAAUUUGAUUUCAAAUUAAAUUUUUUAACCUAGGUUGAUUCUCAAUUUCCUUUGUCUCCUAGCCCUAAUUAUUCAUCAAUUAAGGAAACAAAGGAAAUUGCGAAUCAACCUACAAUCGUUGACAAAACUGUUUAUUAACUCCAUGGCUCUUAAUGACCUUUCUCCAUGUUCACUGAAAGUUGUUGGAAUAAUUAUUCAUGCUGAAAUUUCUUAGCAGUACAGAUUAACAAUCUUGGUAGUUAACUAACUGCCUCAUUUAAGUGGAAGGUGGGUGCCUGGGAUAUCCAGGGGCGUCCACUCAUUGUGGCCAGCCAGUCCCUAGAUAGAAUACUACCCCAUAGCUGGAAAAUCCCUGUCGUUAGCCCCCAUUCCAGGCACCCGUCACACUGAUGAAACAGUGGAAGGAAAAAAAUGAGGGAUGGGAGGGGGGACACUGAAUGAACCACUCCAUAGACCACAGCACAAAUGCUCAACGAAGAACUUACAGAUCCUAGCAGUGCACAAAGUUACCAGGUACCAUGUGAGCCCGCACUUAUGGGAUUGACUGCUGGAUGCCCACUAAGCUUGUGAACUGCUUGGCUGGUAAGCUCAUGAACCCUCUUGACUGCUAAGGUUGUGGUGGUUAACUAAGUUAAAUUACAUUUAACCAAAUUUAGUGCUGCUGCAAGUCAUUUAACUUCAUAUAACAUGUAGUCAAGAGAUAAUUUGAAACUUAACAAUGUUUUGUCUGUUUGUAUUGUUAAUGAUGGCCUCAAAAAACAUAGUCAUGUUUUACGUGCAUGAGCUAUUUUGAAUGCUUCAGUGUAACAUUAUGGGCAAUCUUCUGUCUUAAUCCUAAAUUGUGCGAAAUUGGGUAUUGCUGUACAUUAAUGAAAACCAGAACCGCAGCGCAUAGCUGAUUCGAUCUAAUAAAUUCAGUUUUCUUUGUCUUUCCUUCAAACAUCUGGUGAAAAAAAAAAAAAAUUGUUAAAGUACUAUGAAGACCAACUCACCAAACAUGCUUAGAGGGAAGACUCUAACGUUUCAAGAUUUCUUAAUGGUUUCUUAAAAUAAUGAAGGUCGUCGAAUACUGAAUAGCUAAGAUUUUCAUCAUUGUUGAGGAUGGUUGCAUCAUUAUUCACAAGGUUAUCACGUGCAAUUCUACUUUCAUGAAACAGUCUUUAACUCUGACCACUUAAUUCUAAGAAUGUUAUGAGUUUUUGCUUGUUGAAAGAAAAGAGCCUUUGCUUAGGCACUAGUUACAAAACUAAAGAUGUCUUCAUAGUUCAAGUUUCUAUUAUUAUUAUACAUUGAACUCACUAUCUCUUUACUGACUGGCCAAAAGCAUACAGUGAAUUUUCAAAAUCAGCACAUGGAACGUCAUCUAACUGCAGAUUAUACAAUAAUCAUGUCAAGGACACUCAAGGUCAUGGGUAAUCAUGUCAUGUAUGACCGCAGUGUAUGAUUUCUAAGGGUAAUCAUGUCAAGUUUGCACAUUUUGUGUUGCUUGCCAUCAGUGAAGAAGCAAAAACAUAACUUCCAGGUUUGCUUCGUUGACCGUCGUUUGCUUCGUUGGUCAUCAAAAAAUAGUUGAAGACAAGGACACACAAAACACAAAAGGUCGACGAAGGUGGCAAGGAGCUGUUCACUGAUUACGUGAAAGAGAAAACACUGAACGAACCUGAGGAAAAGAAAGAGGUGACACAAACUUUGAAACAUACAUUUUAUGUCAAAGCAAGAAAGAAAGAAUUCAUUCAAUGUAUAAUAAAACACUUAUUAGAUUCGGUUUUUAUGAUGGCUGAAGCCGAUAACCCCUACCUCCACCUUGAUUAUUCUGGAUAUCACAAAAACCUCAUCCAAUAAUUGUUUAUUACUGUGAAAAGCAAGAAUGAGAUGUAGAAUCACACAGUUUGCACGUGAAAGUGUCAGACUUUGCCCCUUUCGUGGUUUGUACGUGAGGGAAUUUAAGUUAUCACACAGUAAUCGAGUUAACAGAAUUAUAAAAAUCACUCAUGCACAUGAUUUGCAUGUGAAGAUGUUAGACUUUAGCCCUUUUACAAUUCGUACGUAACAAAACGCAAAUUGUUUACUAGAAAGUUUUCUCAAACAAUUUUAAGAAGUCACCUCGGCUUUACAACAUCUGCAAUUAAAUUAUGCUUCAUGAAACGUCGAAGCUUGAUAGCCUACCAUUUAUUAACUUCCAAGAAAAUAAUCAAUUGAAACUGCGGAAAUAUAUUUCUACUCAUAUCAUGUUAUUCCACUCAAUAAAACAAUAUUCCCUAACGCAACUGUUUCUACUUUAAGCCUGGUUUCCAUAUGAUCGCUACGAUUGCUGUGAUCGCUGCCAUCGCUGAGAAAAAAAGUUCGGUGAUUGCAGCGAUCAUACGGAAACCACUUUCUAGCAAUCGCAGCGACAACUAUCAUAUUUUAUUUAGUAAAGAUGCGUAACUCAUAUGAUCGCUAUGAUCGCUGCAAUCACUGAACAUUUUUUCUCAGCGAUCGUAGCGAUCAUAUGGAAACCAGCCUUAAGUUACGAAUCUUUACUAAAUAAAAUACAUUUCAAUAACUAUAACACUUAGUAAGCAGGAAGGAUGUAUCAUGUUGUUCUCUUAUUCAUGUUUCAAUUGCCGUAACAAAAAAGGUUUGCUGAACUUUGUAGGUGAGAAAAUAAAGCUAGUUUACAGGAUUAACAAUACUCUGUACUUACUUCCAAAAAAAUAAGCUGCCUUUCAAACAUCUAAAACGACAAUUUAUAAGCCGUAUACUUUCGAAUUAAAGUCCAUAUCUAAAUAUCAAUAUUAUUGUUUCAUUGGAAGAGCUUUGAAAAUAUUUGAUCUUUUAUACUCUACCUUGAAGCAGGUGAAACAGAACUCAUAAAUACGUGCGUUGUACUGUUCACAAUAGCUGAAUUCGGUCAGAAAUGUCUUGAAGCAGCAUCCACAAUAGAAUAUGAACCCCUAAACAGCUGCAUCACUGUACACGGCAUUUGAAUCAUGAAGAUAUUUAAUAUAAUGCUUCUAAACACCUGUAGCCAUAAUAAAAGACGAAAAAACUGUGAAGAAUCAAGAUGGCGGUCUCGAAGUGCCCUUGUUCGACUUUUAGCAACGGCAUGUUUAAAUAGAUGCCAAGAUCUCAUAGGUUCCUAAGCAUCAACUCAUAGUACCUUCAACCUUAUUGGCUCUUGCAACAAACAUCCGAACAUACAAAGCCACAAGACACAUACGCUCACUCCACUGACAUAUGAGCCAUUUUUUCAAAAUAGCUCAAUAAUAUACCAAGAUAUUAAACAGUAAUUGGCUUUAGUGAGGGUAGCACAAUCACUUCACUUGCAACCUCGUAGGUAUUUCAUGUGUUUUUGUGAAUUUCGGGAGAUUUUGUUGAUUCACCUGAAUUUAGCGGCUCCAUGUCCGCACAAAAUAUCAGAAGCCCUGUACAUGUACUAUUUUUAUUCCUUCCGAAAAUGUGUUUUGUAGUGUCUUUCAUAAAUGGAUUUCCUAGUAACUUGUUACAAAGAGUGUAAUACCCCCUUAAUGUAUUCAUUCAUUUUCUAUUUUUCUAAUAUGGCAUCAUCCCUUUUGUUUUAGCUUGACUCUGUAACUGCAGAAGACAUCAAACUUGUUCUUCCUGAAAAGAGCAAUGGAAGCUAUUCUCGAGCACCAGCAACACAUGUAUCUAUCUUUGAGUGUCGCAUUUUUACUUUAGCUGUGUUUAUUCUCAAGAAAGGAUGUUCAAUUCCCCUUCAUGACCACCCUGGCAUGUUUGGUUUGUGGUAAGCAGUGCUAAAUACUACAAUAAAAGUAGAAAUGAAAUCAUACAUUGUUGAGUGCGUUGAAGUUUUCUUAGUAUUUUUGGCAAGUAUUGUUUCAAAGAUCAUGAAAGCAUUUUCAUAAAGUUGACGAUUCUUGCUCUAUGCAUGAACAACUGCAGGGAAAGACGUAUUUCACUCAGAUACCAGAGAUCUAGCUAAGAGUGAGCUGCCCACUAUUUCAUUGGCUAAAAAAGAGCUUACAGCUGGCUCAAAUUGCUUGGGAAAGCAAAGGCAUUGGGUAAUUUUGGAGGAGCAGUUGCAUAAAAAGGUCCGCUUGAAUAAUAAAAAAGCGUGCAUAGCUUUUCCUUGGCUACAUCCCUGAGAUAGCAGUUUGAUUCUCAAGGUGUGUUAGUUAGAUAUUUGCAUGCCUUGCUUUCUUGUGCUCACUUACAAGCAGACUAUUGGAACACUUGCUCAACCUUAUGCUUUACUGGAAACUUCACUCCUGAUUUGUAGAAUAUUUGUAUGGCUUUGCUUUAUUUUUUGUAUGUAAUCACUACUUUGUCAGAAUUGGUGGACUUGUUUUCAAAUCAUCAGGGUGUUUAGAACACUUUAAAGGAGCAUCUUCCCAGUGGGCCUUGCGCCUAUUUCAGGGUGAUUGUUUCCCGUCUGUAUGAUGAAAACUUGAAUUUUACUUAAAGUUUCUGAGAAAUUUUCACCGCUUCAAGGAUGAGACAUGGAGGUAAAGUUGAUCUUUGCAUAAUUUCUUCUCUUUCACCAAGAGAACAGAACAAUUUCUUGAUUAAAUUAGUCUGUUUUUUGUAAGAUUCGACCAUGUGACCUUUCUCCCGUCAUAUGUCACUGCUAUUCUGUUGUAUGCAUGGUAUUUUUUAAUUAUUCAUUUCGGUAAUCAAACAAGGAGUCGAUUGAGAAUUGAGACAAAAAUCCUUGCUAUUAUACUUCAAAUAUUCUGAAGAACCCGGUUGACUCCUUUUGACUCUGUAGUGUUGGAGGUCACCAGUCUUUGAAGCUGGUAAAAAUGCUUACAUGUCAGUAUUUUGGCCAGCUCAAUAAGAUGAUAUCUACUGGCCAUGUUAAUCAUGGAUCUAUUACUCAUUCCCUGCUGAGUUCCUCGUAGCCAGCUUCUUUGAUACCUUCUACAUUCAAUGCAUAUUUUAUUACAGAAUAUGUACUAAGCUUUAAAGAAGUAUUAUUGAAUAUUUAUUUCACCUCAGACCCCGUUAGCAAGGGUUUAUCAGUAAGCUUUUAUUCACAUAAAGUCAAACAAUCUUGAUGAACAAUUUAAAUGGUAAACAAAAUCUUGGACCUGAGAAGGGUAUCUAUAGCUACCUCGUAAAAUUCUAUCAUACAAUCAAUACAAUUUACAUGGAAUGUACCGCAUUUCUAAAGAAUUAUUUUGUGUAUCUCUCUUGUGCCUUUAUGUUACCUAUGCAGCGACACUUUCAAAUAAGUUACACUGGGAUUCAGCCAUUUGAUAAUUUAGUUUGACCACAAUGCAUGACAGGAAGAUAGUCAUAUCCUCCUUUGAACACUUUUGAUUGCAAAAAUAGUUGGUAAAUGUAAACAUAAUGAACUCAGCAGAUGUGCUUACAAGUUUGUGUUCAGUGCCCAAUGUGCCGGCCAUAGGGCAACCUAGUUUUCGAUCAAUUCAAGCAUAACUUAGCAGAUACAUGGUUUUAUGAACAAAGAAGUCUCUAUAUUUGAUUGGUUUCUUGCCAGCAUAGACUAAAUAAACCACCUCAAUGCUAAUUCAAACAUGCUGUUUACUGUGGCGCUUCUUAAACUUUUUCUGAUUGAGCUGUGGAGUUUGUCAAGUAUAUCUCCUAUUUUUUUACUCUUCUGUCACUACAAGGAGUUGCAAAAGUCUUUAUGUUUGGUACAAGAGUUAUUUGGCAAAGUUAGUCACUUUCCUGAUUCAAUUCAUGCAGAAAAUAACAAGUUUAUCAGGUGGUUGUUUAGACAUAAGUCCAUAAUUUGUACUUUCAUUAUUUCACCUGUCAUGUUUUGCCCCCUUAUAAUAUACCACUUGUUAACUGAGUGAUAGCUAGGUCAAUACAUCAAAGUCAAGGUGUGAGAUUUCCUUGUAAUGAUUAAACAGCCACGUUAAAUAAGUUUUUGAAUAUAUGCCAUGGCCCUUUACGACUAUUCUUAAAAUGAAUACAAUAAAAGAAAAACAGAAGUAAUUUUCAAUAUCUGCGCACAACAGGUCAUUCAGUCUGGCAAUGCAAUCGAAACCACAAGACACAGUUCUUUGACAGUGAGAAAUUUUUAACCUUAGCCUUUGAUAAAAUAAAACCAAUAACUGGUCAUCGCAUAACUUACACAAAAAACACCAUGUCAGUGAGUUGUAUACUUAAUCCCAUGAUACAGUCAUGUGACACUGGUUGGCGGAUACCCUUUUCUGACAGCUGUCAAUUGACUAUAACAUGGAUGUCCACUAUCAAGUUAAAUGCAGAUGGUUUAUGCCUUGGAUACCUAGCUAGUAAUGCCUGGUGAUUUCACGAAAAUCUUUCCCGUUUAGCUCUCCCUUUGUCAAAUAGCUGAAUAAAACCCACCCACAGAAUUCUCACUGAUUUUGAAAGUUAGAGGUCCUUAGGACCUCCAGUCUCAGGAAAUUAGAGCCCCUUCUUUUUGUUUUUAGAGAGUCCCCAAACCUACGUUGUGUGAAUCAAUGUGAAUACAAGAAUGGGAGGGGGGAAUUUGCAGUCUGCAAUUUCUGUCUUUACAAUAAAUAGAGUCAUUCUUCCUUAAGCUUUCAAAGACAUAAAAGUGAUUGAGUUUGUUUUUCCACAUGUCGCGUAAACUUUUUGUGACAUCUUUGUUUAAGGAUUUACAGUGUAGACAGCUGCCAUUUUCAUUUUUAAUUGAUGGAAAUUUGAUGCUAAUCGCAGAAAAUUAGUCAUACCAUGUACAAAUGAUUGAGAUGCUUUAAGAUCUGUAUGCAUUGCAUUGAGACAUGUUUUGCAUUUCAUGUGGUUAUUUAUGAAAAUUCUUCAAGCCAUUUGGACUUGAAUCCACACGUUUUGUAUUCGGUAAACUCCCGAGGAUCAACAUCAGUUUUUCUUUUCUGUCUAAUAGACAAAGUAUGUGUUGGUAUUGUUGUCGAGGGCUGAAAGAUGUUAAAUAGGAAAGAAAUUAAGCUAACCAAACCAGUGUGAGAAAUACCAUGCAGGGUUGUCAAAAUGCACCGGCGACGGAUGCUUCUUGCUGGCUACUUUGAAGGUUUCACCGGCUAAAAAUUGUUAGAGAAAAGCGUAAAAAUGGACAAUUAAAAAAGUUGUAAAAUAGAAAUAGAAAAAGGAAUUGUUUCAAUCAUGCCCUGAAUGUUCUUUUUCAUGAUUUUUGACGAGUUUUCUAAUCCACUCUCAUAGCCAUAAUAUGAUACCACGAAGCGAAGAAAAAUAGCGAAGGUUUGUUUACAUUGUCUUUAAAUAAUCUUUCUCUGAGAAUGAAGAAAGAAAGACACACAAAAGCUUUCGAGUGUCUGUUUUUUGGAAAUUUGUCUGUGUUGAUGUUCUAUUUUCUAUUUUAAAACAAAUGUCAAACAAACUUAUGGUUUUUGCAUUCAUCUGGCAUGGGUGUAGCCUGCGAACAGCAGACGUAUUUCCAGUCGUCGCUUCUCUCCCUUCGGAGGGAGAGAAGCGACAACUGGAAAUACAUCUGCUGUUCGCAGGCUAGCACGUGUAUGCGUUUGAAAUCAAAUGAAAUAUUAUGCAAUGCAUAAAUGUGUUAAAUGUAGUUUACUGUGAUAAAAAUUUGUUAGAUGUGUAGGACAUCAUUUUAGUUUUUUCACGAAUUAAUGCUGAUGAAAGAGACGGGUAUACUGUAUGUGCAGACAGGAUUUGUUAUAAUAUACCCACCAAGGAAAGAUGUCUGAAACAUCAUCCUUAUAGAGAAAAUCGCCCGUAAGAAAAGCAUUUUGCAGCAUCAAAGUUUCAAUUUCGCGUGUGCUGAUAAUGCAAUGCAACUAAAGAAAUGAUCUGUUAUCAUUAUAAAAAAUCUUACUGUAAAUAGUAAGCAUUAUUAUUGUAAACAAAAAUAUAUGGACCUAACAUGUAUUAGGACAAAAAAAAAUGGAUUAAUGAUUUUCUUUCAAAAACAGAUACAUCUCUUGUUAGUAUUGCUCUCAGCUCAGGAGAGCCAAUUUCAGCAAGUGUGUAAACCUCAAAUCUGUUUUGCCCCUGGGGGCUUCGCCCCCUGGACCUUUGCCCUUAUACCCCACUGAGGGGCUGGGCAGCCCCAGACCCCUUGCCUGAUGGGGGGCCUCAAGUCCCCAGUGCCAGUUACUUUGUCUUAUUCUCCUGCUACUUAAAAUCUUUUUGACAACCUUGCCAUAACUAGAGAACAUGGAUGUGUGCAAUGAUGGACAGUGUCCAUCUGUUUGUAAUAACAAUUAUUGCUUUGUGUGUUGUUUGUGUGCUGUUUUAAUAUUUGUCAAAAUAACUGUUAAUAGUAUUAAGUAUUGGAAUUCACGCUGUUAGCAAGGAUGAGAAAAUGCAAACACAAAACUGUCAUUGAAGUAAACUUAACAAACUUGCGUAAACCCAAAACAACUGUUAUUUCUAAAAUUGAAUUUUGAACUAAUCUUGUUAAGAAACUGCCUGUUAGUGUAUUAGUGUGCUGGCAAAGAUGUCACAAUGCAAACAUCAACCACAGGAAGUCAACAAUGGCAACACACUGGCAUAGUGAUCUCCAAGCAGCAGCAGCAGCUAGUAGCAAAAAUAAGGUCUUAAGUCAAAUUGAAAAAUUCUCCUGGACUUUUACUCAAUACAAAGCGUAGAAUUCAGAAAGUAUGUCAAGAUCAAUAAUAGUAAGUGUCUUGACAAGGUUUAAGCUAGGCUGCACAAUGCAAAGUAGAAAGUGUGAUAUCUAAUCCCUCCUUUUCCAUUCUAAAUGUAUAGUUUCUAUCCCAGUAGGCAGAUAUAUUAUCAUUUAACCUGCAUGAUCCAUGCAAGGAUUUUUUGUUGCAAACACAGUAUUCCUUUGAAAUCAUGCCCUCCCCCAAAAAAAACAAAAGGCCUGAACAGUCAGUUCUGUAAGUGGCCAGCACAAGUGGUGGAUACUUUCUCUGACCUUGCCAAGGAUAUCUGCUUAUGGGAGGAGGGGGAGGGCGAUUGCUUAAUAUGUCUUCUGCACAGGAAGUAACUAAGUGUGACAGAGAAUAAAAGCUGUUUUCUUUUCGGUUAGCUCUCAAUAUCUCUUGAUAAUCUACCGGUGGCCCCCAGAGAAAAUAAAAAAAAACAUUUAAAAUACAUAGGUUUAAAUUUGAAAGUAACUAACUUAAGAAUUGCUUAAGAUUUUCCAUGGCAAGUUGCAAAAUUUUGAUGUGCUUAAUUUUGUUUUCUAAGGUAGUUAACAAGCAGCAGUCUUUCACGCCCAGAGGCUACUGCCUAUUCCAUAGUCUUGCCACAUUAAACGUAACUGUUUGUAUGACUUGCAUAAAAAAAAAUCCCCAGUGCAGUUACAUGUCUGCCUGGGCGGGACUGCACUGAAUUUAAAAAACAGCAUUCUGUUAAGUGCUUCCAAAACCAUCCUUGCUUUUAUUCUCACCACUUAGGCACACUUGAAAUGGAUGAUUUAACAUUGUUUCCUAUUUCUUACACUGUCACUCUUUGUUUCAUAAUGUACUGUUCUAAUGUUCCCUUGAAAGACACAAAAACGGCUGCGGAGAAAGGCCAUGGCAAAAUUUUGUUUUUGUGUUAUGUCAUACUACAUAGUUAUCUAUUACACUGUCUAUUUGUAGGUCAAUUUUAAAUAGCAUUCAGUCAUAGAAAAGGUGUUUUAAUAUAUUAGGUUUGAGCCAUAAUGUGAAGUUGUGACAUUCCGGCAAUUCCCUGACAAUAAUUGUCCCUCAAAAUUUGGCAACUGUGCCAAACUUGUGACCCUCAAUAAAAAUUCUUCCCUUGGUUAAGAAAGAAAAAACAAGUAUAUCUUGGAAAUGCUAUUUUUUAAGAUCAUAAACAUUAGUUUUGUUAGGAAGGAAAUUUGAAGGGUUAUUACAAACGCUACAACCAGUUGCAAAAGUAUGUGAGACACUGUACCGUAUUUUGGCAUAAAUGGCCUGUCCAUGAUCUUGUGCUUUUGAUUCCCCCCCUCCACCCCUUAUCAAAGUUGCUAGCAAUACAAGACCACACUCAAGACUUGGAGGAACAACUUUGAAUGGGAGGGAGGACGGAGGUUUGUAUUAUAUCUCGCAGACCUGUAACUAGGAGCGAUUUGAAGCAAGAAAGGCCGUUUAUUCAUGGUAGUGUCUCAACAUUUUUGCAACUGGUUGUAGCAAAUGAUCCAGACUGAUAAUGCAUAGCUCAGUCUGCUUGAAGAGACAGUGAUUUCUCUUUGUCAGAUUAAUAAGGCCUUCUUGCAAAUCAUGUCCUACAAUUCUUUAAUGCCUUGCAAACGACUGUUUGUUUCGAAGCAGUAAGCCUUAAGGAAUGUUUGUAUGUACAAUGUUAUUAUUCAAGUGAGCCUUCCUCAGUAAGUGCAGGGUCUCCUAUCGUUAACGAUGCAGGUCAGAUAGAAUGUAGGAAUCUCAUGGAUUAGAGGAAAAAAGAUACGCCCUUGUUACAUUUCAUAGUAAUAUAUAACAGAUAUGCCUUGCAGCGUUUCCAUUAGCUGGGCUUGUAAGUGUUAGCUGGAUUAUUAGUUUGAUUAAUACAGUGUGUUUAUUAUUAUUUUUGCAGUAAAGUUGUUCAUGGCCAAAUAUCAGUGGAGUCUUAUGAUAUCCAGUCUGAGUAAGUUAUACUUGUUUUUAUUGUACUAUUACUCAACUGAUAACCAUUGGCUGACAAUUUGAUUAGAGUGCAGGUCAGAGAUUGAAAUAGAGUAGUUAUGUGUCGAAGACAUGUCUAUCAAUAAGACCUUGAAAUUGUGGCUGAUAAUGGCCACCAGUUUUUCAACUUGUCAAACUAAUAAUGCUGUUUUGGUGAUCAAGUCAAGUUCUCAUAUGUCAAAGAAAUGAAAUUAAUGAAUAAGGCUAUAAGUUUUAAGACAAAGCAAUGGAGAAGUAAGGAGCGCUGUCAUUGUACUCGCAUACUCUUGUGAUACAAAGUCUAUUUUCAUAAGAUUCUUUGAAGUCAUAAACUGGCAACCAAAUAGUUCUAUUUUGCAAGUUAAAGUUUCCUCUGUUUGCUAGCUGAUGCUGGAAUGAUAAACUGAUCACCAAUUAAUGAGCUUCGUAACUCGAAUUUUAAAAGUUUGUUCUUUAGGGCCUAAGAUAGGGAGGUGUUCAUAGCAAUCCCACAAAUGGGAGCCACCUCUGCAUCAGCUUCUAAAAAGCACUGUCAGACUGGAACUUGCAAUGGAAUAAGACUGACAUGAACAGAUACUUACCAUUACAAACAGACAAACCUUGGAAGUGGCAAGGGUUAGGCAAAAAGAAGCUGCAAUGAUUUAAUAAGCCCUACCAACCUAAGGGGUGCCCCUUCAGAAUACGUGCCUAGAUGGAUGAAGUUGCCGCAAUUAGUUUGCAAUGUUUAAGUACCAGGGAUUAAACUCAUCGCUACUGAUGAGCUUGGGAGCAGGUGCCUUAAAGGCUAGUGGGGGGCCAAAUGCAAUGAGCAGAGAGGAGGAAUCUAUGGCAACCCUAGAAGCAGGAACCACCCCAAGAGCAGCCACUAACCGGCACAGUCACAGUGAAUAAAUUCAGUGGAGAUACUUACCUAAGAGAAUACUUAUCUGAGAAAUGAUUAUGAAACCACUAGGCAGGGAGGGAGGAGAGGGAGCAAGAAUCCGCAGUGAUUCACAAGAAGGCAAAAAUUGAUCCGCUGCGAUCAGCAAGCAAAGCUACAAUGCAACACAACGCUAGCAAAAGAGCACACAAGGAGCCCUGCAAUUUCCCAAGGGCCACCCCAUAGGUCACGUACCAGAGUGGGCAAAGAUUGCUGGCCAACUCGCUCAAGUUUAACUUUCUCUAAAUGAUAUUUAGCCACAUUAAACUACUACAAAAAACCUAACACACAGUAUACUAAGGGGAUUGGGCACCACAAAGUGUGUUGUUUCAUUCUUUGAAUACAUUAAGACACAAUGAUGAGAAUGAUUACAAAAAUAGUUGAAAAAAUGCAUAAUUGAGUCUAUUGAUAAUAUUAUUUUUUGACCCUCGUUUUUGACAUUGUUUUGCAGAAGCUCAUAAUUAUAAUUAAAUACUCGGCAAUUUGCAAUUUGUAGUUUUAUUAAUGACUGAACAAGAACAUUGCUUAGGAGAAGAAAUCAUUACCCUUGAGAUCUGUGAACUAACUAGCUUGAGGCAGCUUUUUGUUUCAAUCGAUUCCAAUUAGUGUGACUGAAUAAUCAUUCUUCAAAGUCAGACUUUGAAUUGAUUACUUUUUAAAUAAGCGGAGGGGAAAUCUUGUAUGUUAGAUCCCCUGACUCUUCAAUAGAAAAUGCUUCACACCUUGUGCAAAAAGUAAUAUUAUACAUUUGAAAUUCCUAUAUAUUUUAUAGACGCAAAAAGAGAUUUUGUGUCAGGUGAAGCCCAACUGGUGCACCAUGUGGUAGGUCACUGUCUGGUAGGUUCACUGUGUAGUGGCUGCCAUGUGGUACUUAGUAUUCCAACCCCUUGUCAGCUGCAAAUAAAUUAACUUAGCAUAAAUGUAAUUUAGGCUAAGUUAAAUGCGAGACAAUGCUCGCCAGCAGUCUCAUUCACUAAUUGUAUGUGGGGCGGUCUCAGGGUUUAGCAGGGCCUUAGUGAUUUUACAGUGCUUUCGCAGGAGUCAAUCAUUUUGAUCUUGUUUCUUUUGCGCGCAGUAGUUAUAGUUGUUAUUUGCCCCAACCCUCCCUCCUCCCUGGAUGCUGUUGUGGUAAGUAUCUGCGCCUCUCUCCACUGAGAUUCUCACUGUGACGGUGCCUGGUGAGUGCCGCUCUCAGGGUUGUCAUGGUUACCCUCUAAGAUCGCUUGCGGCCCCCUUCUGCUUCUUCUGGCACCUUUCCCACAGCCAUCUAUUGUUGAUGGGUUGAACUUGAGGUUAACCUUGGUUAAAGUAAAGGUAGCCACAUAAAAAGUUAAUUUCAAGCCUUGACAAGGCAUAUGUAUACGUGUACAUGUGCAUUUCCUUACGUUUAUGCAAACAGCCAGCUCAGGUGAUAAGCAAGGUGGUCUUUGAGGGUUGUAUAAGGUUGUGUCAAAUAUAAUGUUAAGAUUGAUGUAUGAUCAUUAUGUUCUUAUAGUUUUCAUUAUCAAAAAAGUUAUGGUAACACUUGUUUACUUCCCACUUAGAACCAUUCUGAACGGCAAAAUGGAAGGUCUUUCCAGGAACCCCAUUCGUUCCCAGUUAAAAAGUGAGUUAAAAACUUGUGUCAAGUUGUCAGUCAUUAAGUUAUAUGUUAAUUUAUAGCUAAUCAUAAAGUUUGGAGACCCAUAAUUGACAUGACAGUGUCCAACUAGAAAGCUAUUGCCCCUUUGAGUAGUGCAUAUUUGGUGAACUGAGCCUAAAAUUGGGGGAGAAGUAAAAAAGUGUGUCAUCAAGAAAGAGUGUCCUCACAACUUGUGAACCUUGAGUGUUGGUCAGUGGAUGAUUGCAUCAUAUUUCUCAUUUAAGAUGCAUCAGCAGAAAUUGAUCCAUAUUUAAAAAAACAAUAUCAAGCCUUUUUAUUUUUCUCACAUAUCUUAAUUGUCCCUCAGUACUGAAUUUGCGUGGGAAAUCAAAAAGCCAUUGAUGGUCCCUACAAGUGUGUACUAUACGUAAUUCUUGAUCGAGUUAUGUGACACCUUUCUUUUAAUGAGAACACCAGGGCCCAGUUUCUGAAAGGCCGAUUAGCACUAAUCCAGGAUUUAAAUUUUGUGCCAUUUUUGUCUUUUACCUUGCUAUGAAUUUCUUAGAGUGACAUUUUGUGUUAUCAUCACCAUAUCUUGGAGUAAAGGCUAGACAGUGUUUUGUAAGCUCGAGUUUCAUGCUCUUAGACAAGAAAAUCUUGCUUGAAAUUUGUCUUAAUCCUGGGUUAAACUUAACCAUCUUUUGAGGAACUGGGCUCAGAAGAUUGUAAAAGUUAUCAUGCUGAUAAAAAUUACAGGAUAAAGUGUCCAUUAAAGUGUCUAUUCAGUAGAGCUUAUGAAAUUAAUAUGGGGCUACAUGUGUCCCUCCACAGGGUUUUAGUCACUUAGGUGGUGACAUGCACACAACACGUUAGCAUGAUUAACUUGUCGAUAAGCAGCAAUGAAAAUGGAGGGUAGGUGUCAAUUGUAAGCAAUGUGAGCAAUAAGCAAAUGAAUGUGGGUAAAAUGCAAAUGAAGGGGGGUUUCGAUGGCAACCUACCAUGGGUCACCUGCCCAUGCCUACUGUCAUACUGAUCUAUCAGUGGAGAAUAAAGAACACAAAAGAACUUACGUGAAACUCAUCGCUAAUAAUGAGCUUGGGAGCAGGUGCCUUAAAGGUUAGUGGGAGGCCAAAUGCAAUAGGCAGAGAGGAGGUAUCCAUGGCAACCCUAGAAGCGGGAACCACCCCAGGAGCGGCCAUUAACCAGCACCGUCACACUGAAUGAAAUUCAGCUGAGAUACUAAUGUCUCACCUAAGAGGAUACUUACCUGAGAAUAUUUAGUCUUAUGAAACCACCCAGCAGGGAGGGAGGAGAGAGAGCAAGAAUCCGCAAUGAUUCGCAAGAAGGCAGAAAUUGAUCCGCUACAAUCAGCAAGCAAAGCUACAGUGCAACACAACACUAGCAAAAGACCACACAAGGAGCCCUGCAAUUCUUUGAGGGCCACCCCAUAGGUCACUUACUGGAGUAAGAGAAGACCACUGGCCAAGUGGCUCAAGUUUAACUUUGCCUAAAUGAUAUUUAGCCACGUCUAAACCUGAACAUAGGAGUUUCGAAGAAGCAAGAGGCGGGUGGGAGUAGAUAAAGAAAAGGCAAAAAGCAGCAAGGCAACUCCAAGCAAGCCAUAAGGGCAAAACUACUUGGCAAUGGCUUGAAUACACAUGGGCAAUGCAAUCACCUGCUGACAACAGGAAAUCUCCCAGUUGACUAUGAUUAUUGAUAAUCUCAUUAAAAAAAGACAUUUCAGGAAAUUUGCUCAUUAAAAUUUUGUUUUUAUCACAGAACAGGGUAGAAACCAAAGAAAAAUAAUGAUCUGUGUCAGUAUUUGAUACCAAAGAUCACAGGUUCAGUUUAUUGUUUUGGCAUAAGGAUGUACAAAAAGACAAGAAAAUCUAAAUAUUUAAAAAGGCUGAUGGCAAGGAAGCCCAAUGGAAGUUACAGGGCUUACAAGGAAUGGGCUUCCCCGGUUUAAUUUUUACAACAAAAUAUCAGAAAUAGACAUGCAAAAAUCAUUGACAAAGCUACAUUAAAUCUCAGAAUUUAUUAUAUAGACACAAGUGUUUUACUGGAAAAUAUACCACUCGUAAAAUUCAUAAAAACUACAUCCGGGACUCGAGUGGUUUAUUUUCCAUAAUCUCACACGUGAGUUUAUCGAUGACGUAAUUUCGGUAAUUUCUCUCUAUUAUUUUAUCAAUGUCUUUUUGUCUAUAUAAUAAAAAGAACAUUACACGGCGGCUUGAAGAUAUGAAUUUUAUUUUCUCGUGGCAAAAACAAUAUUUUACUAACUCGCUGCGCUCGUUCGUAAAAUAUUGUUUUGCCACUCGAAAAUAAAAUUCAUAUCUUCGCGCUACCGUGUAAUAUCCUCUACAUAUAACAUGCACUUUCCAUGCCAAGAAUGAGUAAGAACACUAGCAAUGUUAAUGUGUACAUAAAUUUUCAGACAAAAGUUUCAAAUAUACGUAGCACCCAGGAACUCAUUGAUAUAAAUAUUUGUGAAUAAUGAAUUUCAAUCAUGAUCAUAUGGAAGGUAGUUCUCCUUAGACACUUCAAAAGUCCAUUCAGAGCAACUGACAACUUGUUGAACAGUGUAUUGUCCAGAAACGAUUAACAUUGAUUUGAAUGGUUUUUAAAGUCUAGUUUAAAAUGAGGCAAGCUGCAUUCAUUCAAAGAAUUGUGACAUCCAAUUCAUUCCCCAUGUGCUGGCAGUCCCAAUCCUCUAAGUUCUCAGAAUAUGUUCCAUAACUUUGAGAAUGCAGCUAAACAGACUAAACUUUUGACAUACCAAAAAAACAGAAUGGGUGGUUUGCCAAGUUUUGUUGCUUGAAUUAAUGUUGCUGAUGUUUCCAGUUAACAAUGGUAACUUGCAGACAACUUUGAUUUACAAACAGUGUGAUUUUAAGCUUUAUGUGAUGAAAAUACUGAAGAAUGUUUUUCUUGAGAAAUAAUUGGCACAUCUGUUUUGCCUCGGUUCUAAAGCUCUUUAGGCUGAGAAAGCAGCCAACACUUCACAAUACCACCCCUGCUGUCCCUGCAAAAUAACAUGUGUGCAACAAUUGGAGAAAUUCCAUACUGAUGACAUGUCACUACCCAGAUCUGGGUACUGAUGUGUCAUCAGUACGGAAUAUCUGUAAUCACCUGUCAGACAAUGUUUUGUACUGGAAAAAAAUGGUGGGUGUUUAGCGAAAUGUCAUCUUUUUUCUCUGGUUAAUGGCCUGUUAAUUACUGUUUUACAAUGGACCAUUGCCUUUCACACUGAAGUAAAAAUUGGAAGUCAAGAAAAUCUUUCAAGAGGUGUCUAUUUUGAGAGUUAAUGUUUGAAAGCUUGCUGCAAAUAGACAGCCAAAGCUAAGCUCAAGACGAAGAAUUAGCAAACUUCAGUAUUAAUUUUUUAUUAUCAUCUUUUGAAAAUUGAAGUUGAAAUUUGGGGAUGCAGCUUUUUAUAUACAUGAACAGACUGUCUGGGGUACAUGCCAUUAAAUUGAAUCUAUAUUAGGAAAUAUCUUUUCAUUUCAACAGCCAAGCUAUAUUGCAAAUACAAAGGCUUUUGCUACUGUGUCAAGCUACCAUGUCAAGAUUACAAAGUUUGUUUGGAUUGUGUGUGAAAUAAAUAAUAAUUAAAUAAGUAAUAAAGUGGGUCCUUGAAAUGUAUAUGGGAAGAGGUAUACAAACCCUGUUAAGAGAAUAUUGCAUUGUGCUCCUGCUGAUAUUGAUAUCAGGAAGAAUCAUCCCAAAGAGAGGAACUGGUUAUUACAGCAGGCACAAAAAAUAUGGAAAGAGAACAGUGAUCUAUACAGUGAAUCCCUAUUGGUGUAACCCCUGUGGAGUUGUGCAUCAUCUGAUGAAGGAUAUUGAGAAACCAUUUUAACAGAAGAAAAAAAAGUCAAUAUUUGAUAACUUCUUGAUGAGAAGUUUGAAGCACAAGAAGGAGAUGCAGAAAUUCGCACAAUGUGUAAUGUGUACCACUUUAACAAAAUCCAGCUGGUUCUUUUCAGAACCUUGAUUCUUUAUGAAAGUCAAUAACCAACAGAGCAGUUGUUUUGUCUUUUUUUCUGUCAUAUGAGUCAUCCUACCUUCACAAUAUUUUUUUUUGGCUUGCUCAACUCAGAAAAAACUCUGUUGGAAUAAAGUAAGAUCUUUGUUGAGCGUGCACUGCUUCUCGCUAGGAUACGGUUUUGAACCCAGGGUUAAAUUUAAUAAAACUUUUUUAACAGUAAUUUAAAAGUUUAGCUAUUGCUAGUCAGAUUGUAAAGCAAUGGUUACACUUGUAAAUUACACUUGCACCCAACGCUUAAUAGUCAUGCUCUCAGGACAGGGAGCUCAGUUGUGACCGUUGGUUAUUAAUCAAUGGAUGCUUGAACUCAAAAAAUGGAUUGAUGAGAGAAACCAAGGUUGACUGGUCCAGAAGUUUGGGACAACUUCAAAGGCUGAGCCUCCUUUUCUUGUUGAUCAAGAAGACAAAAGGAGGCGAUUGGGAGCGAGAGAUUAUAACAACAGAGUGGGGUGCCCCAUUACAAAGAACAUGAACAUAGCUGCCUUAUAACGAGAUAAUGUACAUAAGCAGUUUGAACCAUAACUAUAUGAAAUGGAUUUGAAGGAUUUUACAAACAACAUUUGGCAGGCCUGAGACAGGAGUCAAACCCAUGAGCUUCCAAACAUGUGUGGCACGCUGUAAUCACUGAGCUACAGAAAGUUUCCCGGGGAGGAGUAAGGCUGUAUACUAGGCUCAUAUUUGACACACCCCCCUGCAUACAGCUAGAAUCAGCAAUGUUGAAAGUAUACUGCAUGGUGAUUUGUGAAAAAGAUGGUUCCUGUAAAGCUUGAUAAAUUAUUUUAAAAGGUGUGAUUAUUAGCAUUUCACCCAAUCAUGGGCCAAAGAAUGGGUCCCCAACAGGAUUAAAAAUCUAUGACUGCCUUUAUACAUCCCUCUCAUUGGGAAGUUAUUUUUUCAUUUCACUGUUGUGAUACAUACCUCUUGCUGUAGGGUGCAUUUGCUUGGGUAUAAAGUGAGUUGUCGAUGGAAGAAAAAUUUCAUGAUUUCAGAUCUCAUCAUUUUUUCCCCAAGCUAAGAUUGUUUACCAGUUUUCCUCAGAUAUGAAAGCUUGUUUUCUUUUUUUUACCCUUUUAGUUUUAAAUCCCAGUCACAUCUUAUGACUGUUUGUGAUGGUCUAAGUGAAUGAUUAUUUUCAGGGAGACUAAUUCGGUGCAAAAAGACUGAGCAAACAUUUAAUGAAGAUAGUGGAAGCUGUGUAUUAACACCAACGUCUGGCAACCACCACACCAUUCACAAUACCAGGUAAUGAUUCGUUUUUCACCUCCUUAGAGUAUUUAUUACAAAUAUUUAAAGAAUAUUUGUCUCUCUUUCUCAAGACAUUACCCCCUCCAGUUAGCCUUAGGUAAUAAGCUACAUAGCUGGUGGUGGCCUAUGAGCAGUGGGUUUUAUGUGCUGAAUAAAUGCUUCUUUUCCUGACACUAGUGCUCCAAGGGUAUAGAGAAUCCUCUUUGAAACAAUUUUAGGAUCAGUGUUUAGUAGGCAGUGGGGAAGAGAAAUUUUAUUACAAUAACUGCAUCACUGUAUAAUAAUGUAAUGUAAUAGGCCACUUUCAAGUUCCAAAAACACUCACUUUCAUAAUGAGGCCAAGUGCACAAUCUUUCUUGUGAAAAUGAGUUUUAUUUACAUGAGAAUGAAAAAUCAUUACUCUAUCAAAGGCUGAGCACUUAUCCUUGUUUUGAUACAGAGGCCGAAGGGAACUCGGAAAUGGUCUAUUAUUAUCUAUGGUUAACACCAGUCAAUAGAAUUGCCUUGCCAUUCAUAAGGCGCAGACAGUUUCACUAAAUUGCAAUUGAGGCAUUGAAACUAUCAUCUUUUGUUUGACCAAGGUGUAGCUGGGAAAGUUUGAAAUGUUCUUUACUAUUGUUGGGCAAAAAUAUUAUAUCAUACUCUUCUAAAAGCAGCAAAGUUGUUAUUAUUUUAAUGUGCUCUAUCUGUGUUUUUAGCACUGGUCCAUCAGCAUUUGUUGACAUACUUGCUCCUCCUUAUGCACAAGAACAAGUAAGAGGAUUUUUGCUGUAGAAGUUAUUUGGCAAACAAUUUAUACAUAAAAGUAUCAUUUAGUGAAAUAAGGUAAUUCAAGAAAUAGUAGCCAAAGAUAAGUUUCUGGAACAUCAAAGCUCACCAGGAUCCUUCCAUGGCUUUAAUCAAGCAAUAUUAUGAAACGUUUGAGCGUGAAAAGGAAAGGUUCCCUAGAGUGCGGGCCCCAAUUGCUCAAAAACUGGAAAGCACUAUGCACAGAGUAAAUUACCAUCCAGUCAGUAGUAGGGAAAUGAAUUGGGCUAUUUACUUAUGUUGCUGGUUUGCACAUGACAUCAUGUCACCUGUGUUGGUGAUCAAGAUUAAAAAAUCAUUUCUCUCCCUCGGGAACUAAAUGCCAUUUUCAUUUAAAUUUUUGUAAAACAAUUUUUAUUGUAUAGAAUUGACCACCAACACUGCUGCGCUUUCACCUGCUUGCAAACCAAGAACAAAUUUAUGCAAUGGAUAGAGCAAUCCAACUUUUAAAAAACUGGGGCCUGGUUAAUGGAAAUAUAAAUAUCCUGAUUACUUGAUCUGGGGGCCUUGUUUUCAAUAUUAAUUUUGUGGUCAUGGGGGUCUUGGGCAUGUUGUGGAAUUACUGUUAUGAAUGUACCCUUUUCCUCAAGUAGAUAACCAUUAAAAAGACAGGAGGGUUUAAAUGCUAAAUUUUAUUUAGGCUAAGUUAUCCUCGAGCCAAUGCAGCCAGUGGUGUUUCCGUAUUAGCAUGCAUGACAUGCGGGCCCACUUGGGGUUUUCAGGGGCGCUAUCCUUUUGCAUUAUUUUGCAAGCUAUUCUAGCUGAUCGUUGCCAAUCACCUUUUCGCUUUGUACUGGCGAAUCUUGGCGGAUUCUUGCUCCCUCUCUUCCCUCCCUGCUGUCAUGUGUGGGUGUGCAGGUAAGUAUUUCACUUGGGUAAGUAUUUUUUCCACUGAGUAUUCUCUCAGUGUGACGCUGCCAGUUAGCGGCUGCUGGCAGGGGUGGUUUCCACUUCCAGGGUUGCCUGGUUACCUCCUUGCCAUAUUUUUCACAGUUGGCCUGCCCGAUAACCUUUUAGGCACCAGUUCCCAAGCUCAUAAAUUGGCGAUGAGUUUGACCUGUUAUAAUAUAUCUGCAUUACUUGUUUAAUUUAAUAGCUAGAAGACUUUAUUUCACUUGUUCUGUAUACUAGGCGUUGACCAUUUUUUGAAAAUUUUUUAACGGUGGUUGUUAUAAUUUGAUGGCCAAAAGAUGUUUUUGUUUCUGAAGUUUACUUACCUUACCUAGGGAAGAGACUGUACAUAUUUUAAAGAAUGUGACCCUUCUGCAGUAACCCAGGUAUGUAAAGAACAUGGUGUUUGUCAAAUUGAUAACAGAUUGUGUGAGAGGUUGCAUUAACCCCACUUCUCUUUCCCUCACUGAUUACAGACCAUUACGGUGAGAAUAUAGAAUGUUUUGAAGUUAAAGAUAAAUUUUAUUCAAAGUGUAUUGCAAACAUUGAUAAUGGUACUGGAAAUGUCCUACCCUGGUGGUUAUUACCUUCAUGUUUCACGAAGCUUUGUUAUAAUCUGUAGAAAACUAGAACUUGGUCACUGUGAAUACAGGUGAAUAUAUUAUGUCACUUGGCAACAGAGUGGCAAAAUUGGGUUGAAUUAUUUUGUCAGCUUAUGUCCCUCAAUGUGGCCAGUUUCAUAUCCCAGAGUUCUUCCGUUCAGUUCAGUUUACUUUAUUUUUUGCCAUACAGACGUACAAAAUAACAAGAAAAUCUAAAUAUUUAAAAAGCUAAUGGUGAGGAAGCCCAGGGGAAGCCACCAGACUUAAAAGGAAUGGGCUCCCUCGGGUAAAUUAAUACAAGACAGUAUUAGCAAAAUCUACAUCAUAUUAUGGCAGCAUAUGUGGCUUGAGUUUGUUGUUUGAUCUCUUGUUAGCUGCGAAAGGUUAUUCUCUGGGUUCUGUGCUUUUCCCUUCUCCCCGAAAAAAAACCAAAUUUGAAUGUCAUCUGGAAAGCAGUGACACAAUUUAAUAAAUUCUUAAGGACUCCUGGGUGUUAUUACAGUUAAUGCUGCAGUCAUAAAGAGACCUAUUUCUUUUAUUGAAUUUUUUUUUAGAAUCCUGGUAUCCAGCUUGAUGGCACUGACAGGUAUUAAGUUUACAGUGUAGAAAUUUAAGUAAUAUCUUGUUUGGCAGAUGAUCUAAAAGACAGUAUCUGAUUUGUGUGUAACUGUUGUCAGUGAAGAAUUUCAACAUUUCAUGUUUAACAAUAACAUGGAAUAACAGUUCUCACUCCCUGAAAAUGUCCACUGCCUCAGUAAUGUUCAAAAAAAAUGAAAAUUCGUUUUGGAUGCAAAAAUAAUUUGAAUAUUCCCACACAGCUGUUCUUGCAACAUGUCAGCUCUGCAUUUGACAUGUACUUGUCUAUAUUAUAUUAGUGUUUAUCAAUGUGGUCUUUGUUAUCUGACAGCUGGAUCGUGGAGAUUCCUGCGCCACGGGAAUUUUACUGUGACACACAGGUGAAUAGCUUAAUAAUUUUUUUUAUAGUAGAUUCUUACCAUGUUUGUCAUAGAAAAGGAAUGUUAACUGUUGCAGUAAAAUUUCUCCAUUUGCCCACUUUCUAGCAUCAACAAAUGAAGUUUGAUACUUGUUUUUAGGCUGGUCCUGUACAGUUGCUGUAGUGUUUCCAAAUUUUAUGUAGAGCUGUUUAACAAAUGGCAAGGUUGCAAACUCCUUGUAAAAUGUCUUAUGAUGUCAAAAUUGUGUGAAUUUUCACUCCUUAAUGCAUUUACCCCAGUCUAUUUAACUGAGCGCCAGUUAUCUGGAUAUGGUUUAAAAGAUGUCAUUCAUUUACACAAGUUAGGAAUGAAAGCUUUGUUGGGCUUUUAAAAUUGAGUGUAGGACAAGUAGUACAAUGUAAGGAGUUUUAUUUUGGUAAGGGUUAUAAGUGAUCUAGAUGUGAAUGGGUUGAGUUGUUUUAAAAGCCGAUUUCAUAACAUUUAAUCACUCUUUGAUAGCAUGGAAGGUUACCAUCACGAGUUACUCUGAAAUGAGGGUCACAUCAUUGCUAGAUGGUCAUGUCCUUUUUUUUCUUUCCUGUUCAGCCAUACAGUGGACCACUUGUCAAUUUGCAAGUUAUUUCUGAACUUUCGGAAACUUGAUGAGUUGAAGAGGAAAUGUGCAUGUAGGAGAACAGGAGAAUGCUGUUUAAAUAGAGGCUCUUCUGCACAAGAUUUGUGUCCAAGUAUAGUCAGUGUUAGUCAGUCCUAUGUGUCUCAAGGUUGGUUUCUUAAAAAUGGUGCUUUUAAUUAUACAUUAACAGUAAAAGAGAGGGCUCUCUUUAAACACAUAAAUCUAUGAGUAUUAUAUUUUAACACAGUUGUUACUAAAACUUGUAAACAGUUUGGUAGAAAAUGAAAAGUGUUGUAACAAAAAGGCUUUUGAUAUCUUCCUCUCAGAAUGCCCUUUUUGCUAACAAGUUCUUAUUGUUUCAUAACAUCUAUUCUAUAACCUGUGAAGGUGUUUUGGGUGUCCCUAUAUUAUGCUUCAAAGGUUAAGUAAAGUAUUAUUCAAAGUUUAGUUCAUCAUAUAAUUUAAAGUGAAGUAGACACUGCAUUUUAGGAUGUAGCUAGAACUGUGCAUUAGUUAGAAGGUUGUGUCAUUUGUGUUUCACAUUAAUGAUAUGUGGCUAUUGUCACCUUGUUGGUGUUUUGUGUUUAAAGGUGUUCUGUCAUGUAUCAAACCUUUAUUUGAAGUAGUGGAGGAGAAGUCUCUUCCUUAAGGCGUAUUUUCAUUAUUAGUGAAGAAAUAUAGCUGAAAACAUUGGAGAUAAUAACAAAUAGAUGAAAUCACCGUAGAUAAUAAUCUUCAAUUGUCACUUGCAGAAAGACAAAAAGAGGUUUCUAGCCUUGUAUUCAUACCGUUGAAUUUUACAGAAGUAUAUGGCUUAAAUGCCGGCUCCUUACGUUAAUAGUAUUUAUAUAAUUCAGUGGAAUACUGCUGAAAAAUUUUGUCCUAAUAUAUUUAAAAUGUUGAUUUGAUCAUGUCAGCAGUGCGGUUAUCAUUAUUUUUCAUUGGCUUUCAUGUAAGAGGAUUACACAAGGUUAUAUAACAUGAAAGAAUUAUUAAUGUACUAAUGCUUAAUUCCUUGAAAAAUAAUUGUUUUAAUUUUUAAUUCAUUGACUGGUUAAGACUGGAAUUUUAGCAAUGUGAAUUCAUGCUGUUUCUGAAACUGAAAAGUUACUGUAUGACCAUGAAUUGAUAACGUCCUCUUGUAUGUUAGACGUUUUAAAACGACAAAUCACCGUUGUUGUGAAUGUUUUAGUUUGACAUCAGAUCUCAGCUUGACUUCACAGGCUAGAAAACCUACUGCUCUACAUCAAUUAAAUGUUUCUCAGUUCUUAUGCAAUUCAACAAUGUAUCUAUUGCACCUAUCCAUCAAUACCCUUAGCU